UUCCCUUUUCCUUUUCCUUUUCCUUUUCCUCUUCCUUUUCCUCUUCCUUUUCCUCUUUCCUCUUUCCUCUUUUCUUCUUCUCCAUACUCUCAUAUCCCUCUCCUUCUCUCUCUCUCUCUCUCUCACUUUGCCAUCACUUCACAGCCUUCAUUCACCAUGGCCACUGACAUUGCAAACCCCAUCUCUCCUCCAUCAUCCAACAAGGCCGCGAUCAAUGGCGCUCUUCGCAAAAAGUUGCAGGGCUAUGUUGGUUUCGCCAACUUGCCAAACCAGGUCCACCGCAAGUCCGUCAAGAAGGGCUUCAACUUCACAAUCAUGGUCGUUGGUGAGUCUGGUCUCGGCAAAUCGACUUUGGUCAACACUUUGUUCAACGCCCCAUUGUAUCCUCCAAAGGAGUACGCCCCUCUUACGGAAGAGAGCCCAAAGACUGUUGGUAUCCAACUUUUCAGUACCGAUAUUGAGGAGAAUGGCGUUCGUCUGAAGCUCAACGUCGUCGACACUCCCGGUUUCGGUGACUUUAUCAACAACGAGGACAGUUGGAAACCCAUCCUAAAGACAAUCGAAGGCCGAUUUGAUGCCUACCUUGAGCAGGAGAACCGUGUCAACCGCAGCAAGAUCACCGACACCCGUGUUAACGCAUGUCUAUACUUCAUCGCCCCCACUGGCCACUCUCUCAAGGCUCUGGACAUUGAAUUCAUGAAGAGAUUGCACAACAAGGUCAACUUGAUCCCCGUCAUUGCCAAGAGUGACACCAUGACCCAUGAAGAAAUCGCUGCCUUCAAGGAGAGAAUUCUCUUGGACAUUGCUCACCAUGACAUUAAGAUCUAUCAUGCCCAGCACUAUGAUUCUGAUGACAUUGAAACUAUCAAUGAGACUAAGGAUGUCAUGAGCAAAAUCCCAUUCGCCAUUGUUGGUUCAGAUAAAGCUAUCGAGACCCCUGAUGGUCGCCAUGUCCGUGGCCGUAAGUACCCCUGGGGCGUCAUUGAGGUCGAUAAUGAGGACCACUGCGAUUUCGUAAAGUUGCGCCAGAUGCUGAUCCGUACUCACAUGGAGGAACUCAAGGAGUUCACAAACGAUAUCCAUUAUGAGAACUACCGCACAGAGAAACUCCUCGCCAUGGGCUACCAGCAAGACAACUCUGUCUUCAAGGAGAUUGAUCCCGUUGCCAAAUUAGAAGAGGAGCGUGCAAUGCACGAAGCCAAAUUGAUAAAGAUGGAGCAAGACAUGAAGCAUGUCUUCCAACAGAAGGUCCAAGAGAAGGAGGCCAAAUUGACACAGUCAGAGGCCGAGCUCUACGCCAAACACAAAGAGAUGAAGGACGCACUCGAGAAGCAGCGUCUAGAUCUCGAAGAAAAGAAGAGGAGGAUCGAACAGGGUCGUCCUAUCACUCCAGAAAAAACCAAGAAGAAGGGCUUUGGCUUUGCUGGAAAGUAAAAAAAAAGAAAAAAGUCCAACAUAGCACUCACUGUCUCAUCAAGUCUCUGGAACUAGGAAUGCCUUCCAUUUUCUCAACGCAACGUAUACCUCAAUCAAAUAUCGCAACUACAGCAGCGGCAUAAAAGGCGGGAUGUCAUUUUUUUUUUUUUAGAUAAUGUUCGUCUAGCCCUCCAACUCACAUUCUAAAC